AAGCAGAUCCCUGCUCAAAACAAAACGAUAGAAACUGUUACAGAACCUUUAAUGGUUAUAAUGGGAAUUGUAUUGGUUUUAAUGCUAACUAUACUGUAGUGGUCCUUGUGGGUCUCUACUGAUGUGUUGGGUUAUAUUGGUUGUAUAUUUAUUCUAGUGGAAACCAAUACAAACCAUUAAAUUCUAAUAGAAUAUGGCCCAAAACAAUACAUUUGUUAAUGGUUCUUAAUGGUCUCUUUAGUGGAAACCAUUAGAAUGUCUUUAAUGGUUUAUAAUGUUUUUUUUUCUGCAAGGUUAUUUAAGGGUGUGGUGUUUAUGGAAGCAUGUUGUUGAUAUUUAUACAUCAUGUUCAUAUUAAAUUGCAUAAAUGUGGAUUAUUUCAAGCAUCAGUGACGGCGGAAUACAGAAAUCUAACUUGUGUUUAUCUAAAGUUAAAAACAAACAAACAAACAAAACAAUGUUUUAGUACCCUUUAGUUUUGCUGCUGUUGUGCUGACCAAUGAAAAAGCAGCACUACAGCCUGCCCCGCUCUGAUUGGAUGACAGCUUCAGUACACUGUGGGAAAAAAGUUAGGAAGAAAAAAUAUUCGGGGUUUAAUCCGAAUUCUAUCCUUCAGUGGAGAUGUGUCAGAGCCCCUUGUGUGAUUCAGGUGAUACUUCACAGAAGAAUUAUUUCUUAUUCGGAUUCUGGUUGUUUAUUUUUACUCUCUCCUAAAACACGGUACACUGUGUCUCCAUUCACCACAGAAACAUCACUUCACUGAGGGACAGCAGCGCGCGAGGACCGCUCGAGCCCUGAACCUCUGCGUUACUAGGCAACACGCGCGCCCGCGAAACUGAGAGAGAGAGAGAGAGAGAGAGAGAGAGAGAGAGAGAUAUUGUGAUUUCUGAGGUAAAAUGUCUCUUUUGCAGUAGUUUAUUCACAAAAAGGUUGAUUGUAUUUCUUAAUCGUGUUGUUCUCACACAGGAACAGUGAAAAGGAACGGGUCUGAUCGAGUAAUAAACUUCAGAAGCGGUUUUGAGAUCAGACUGAUGGCUUUCUCAGGACACAACUUUUAUUCCUAAAUGUGAAAAUGAUGAUAAACGACAUCAGUGUUACAGAAAUUUCACCACCACAAGAAGAAGACGACCUACAGAACAUCAUUUGAUCAACACAGGUGACUUUAAUGUUUACCAGACUGACAAGUCACAAAUAACGGUCCUGUUAUGAUCUGCUGCAGCCUGCUAGGAUGUUCAUGUUAGCAUUGUUGGUGGAUGGUGUAAAGAAAAUAAACUGAUAAAAUGAUGAAUGUGCUCGGAUCUGUACGCACCGUCUAAGAAGAACACCGGUGAUGUGAGCAGAUUAUUGGACUGACAAAAUACAGAACAGGAUGUAGGACCGUGUGGCUAAAACCAGGUGUGAAACAGCAGCACUUGUCCUCAGAGCGCUGGAGGGAGUGUGUGAGAAAUGGCCAAACUCCUGUCUACAUUUCUUCUACAGAUGCUGUUUGGUUUCUUUACACCGUGUCUCCUUGAGAUCGCUUCAACUGAUCAUUUAUCUGUCCAUCCUGGAGAGGACAUCACCCUGCUCUGUAACAUCACUAAUUGUUCUGAGAUAUCGUGGUAUCGACUGAGAUCUGAGGAGGUGAAGCUGCUGAUAUCUGCUGAAAAAUUACAGCUGAAGAAAACCUUUUUCCUCAGUUAUAAUGUGAACAAGAGUCACUUUGAUAUGACAGAAAGCAGCAGUCCAGUCAGUUUAGUGAUUAUUGGAGUUAGAGAGACAGAUCUGGGAUUUUAUUUCUAUGGAGGUCGAAACAACACAAAACACAUUCAGUUUGGGAAACUCAUCAGACUGGACUUUACAGCUGAUCAGCAUCAUGAGACUGAUCAGUAUGACGAGAUUGACUACUCAUACACAUUCCCUAACCCUCAGCACUCUGGUCUUACACACUGUGGAAUUAUUAUUAUAAUCCUAUCAUGUGUGUGUGCGGUCUUUGUUUCAAUAAGCAUCAUCUGCUCCUCUCUGUACUGUUCCACGCUACAAGAUAAGUGUUCUUCCACUGGGGACUCAAACGAGAAGGAAGUGGACCUGCACCUGUCUGAUUUGACCUCUGUGACCUACACAAGUGUCUCCUGACGGCCCAGAAAACAUCAGCAGCAUGAGGAUCAGAAUCAGCAGAGAACCUGCUACGAUCCCAUCGACCUCGCAUACGUCAAGUACUCACUAAUAAUCCGUGUGGUCUGAAGAUUAAUGACUUCCUGUUCUGCCCCCAAAAGCAUGUUAUCUGGGUGAUUCCCCAACUGUGCCGUCAUUCAGCUCUCGUAACUCUUAAACUUCAAUUUUUUAAAUAGUUGUUCAACAAUGAAUCGAGGAAAACGUUCAUUUAACUAUUCAAAAAUGUCUUAAGUUCAAAAAAUAAUAAUUUAUUUACAAGGAUUCUUUGGUACAUUUUGCUCUUAAAAGAGUUCCAAGGUUAAAAGUAGUGAUGUUAAAGCUUCAUGAAGAGUUGAAGCAUUAAAGCCAGAUGUGUUGAAGAUGUUUGUUUCUUUGGGCUGUAAGUGCACACUAGAGCUCUAGUGGUUAAAAGACUUUAGUCCAGUGUAACAUGUAACACUGCACUGUGUGUACAGGCCAAUACGAAGUAAAUGACUGAUAUAAUCAAUAUCAAAUAAAUUAAUUGCUGAAGGUGAAUUACUGUGUUUAUUUUACUCCAGACAAAAGCCCAAAGCUUUAUAUAAACACAUGUGAAACGUGGACAGAGACGUGGUGCAGUUUCCUGCUUUUAUUUGUCUUUUUUUUUUUUUUUUUUUUAAAUAAACCUUAUAAGGAGAAUUUUAAUUAAAUAUAUAUUUAGGAAGAGCAGUUGUUUAACAGGAGCAUUAGUUUCUAAAUGUCCCCGUACUAGGGAGUAACUUAAAAAAAAAAUGUUUUAAUAAUGUUACAAGUGAUUUAUCUAAAAUGUACACACACACACACACACACACACACACACACACACACAGAGGUUGUUGUGAAGAAAUGCUUACCUGUGAUUAAACUGUACUUUACCUUUGCAUACAGAUUUGAAGAAUGUAAUAUCAGUGAGA